AUGAGAUUACCAGCAACAACGCUCACGAGAAGCGUGGCGAGAUCAUGUAUAAGAAGAUCACCCUCACUCGCCCCAAUAGCACUGUCUACUCCAUCCAGAUAUCUGUCCACGACCGUCCCAAGGUUCACCCCGGAAACGGAUACACUAAUUAACCAGGGAAAAGUAAAAGGAUUACUCAGUCCCAAGGUUUCACAGCCAGAGAACUCAAUAGUACUCACUCUGAGCUGUCAAGAUCAGCUCGGCGUUGUCAAGAAUGUUUCCGAGUUUCUGUACAACAACCACCACAACAUUCUCUCCUCCGAUCAGUUCUUGGAUCCAACUUCUAAUCGCUUUUUCAUGAGAAUCACUGCCCAAGCUCAAAAUGGUUUGGAUAUAGCGCCUCUGAGACGAGAAUUCGGUAAACUCGCUGAAAACAUUGGUCUUGAAUGGCAUAUGCAUGUAGCAUCAAACAAGCCAAAGGUUAUGGUUAUGGUUUCAAAGAUUGGUCACUGUCUCAACGAUUUACUCUUCAGAGCCUCAGCAGAUCAAAUCCCAAUUGAGAUACCGCUGAUCGUCAGUAAUCAUCCUACCUACCAAUCACUGGCCAAGAGCUACGAGAUCCCUUUCUUGCACUUGCCAGUCAAUCGCGAUACGAAGGAGCAGCAGGAAGAGGAGCUCCUGAAACUCGUAAAAGAACACAAGAUUGAUUACAUUGUUUUAGCCCGUUACAUGCAAGUCCUAUCGCCAAAACUAUGUAAGGAGAUGAGUGGACGUAUUAUAAACAUUCAUCACUCGUUCCUUCCUUCAUUCAAGGGUGCAAAACCAUACCACCAGGCUUACGAUAGAGGUGUGAAGCUUAUCGGUGCAACAGCACACUUUGUCACAUCAGACCUCGACGAAGGUCCAAUAAUCGAACAGGGUGUCGAGAGAGUCGACCACACACUCAAUCCAAAAUCACUCUCGCACGUAGGAUCGAAUGUUGAGUCUAUUGUACUCGCAAGAGCUGUUAAAUGGGUUUCUGAACAUAGAGUGCUUCUCUCAGGACACAAGACAGUCGUUUUUGAUUGA